AUGCUGAAGAAUGACCUCUCCCUCGACAGAGCGCUUCAGCUAGAAAAAAAGGCUGUAGACACUGACGACCUUUCCCACUCAGAGCCUACCGAAUUAGGCCGAGGGAUGAGGAAAAAGUACGUGUUCGCUUUUCAUUAAUUUAUCUUUGUAGGUUUGUCCGCCAGCUCACCUCAGACGACGACGACGACGAUGACGAUGAUGAUGGUGAGGAGGAGGAAGAAGAAGAAAAAAAAAUAGCUGCGCAAAGAUCGAGACAAGAUAACCAAUUAACUGCCUGGCCGGCGCCGCCACGCAUUCUCCAGUAA